AUGGGCAUACGUCCCAAGAUUCCUUUUUCUGUUCUUUCUGUCUCUUUUUCUCCUUGUGUCUCUUUGGUGUAUGAAUAUGAAUAUAAAUAUAAAUAUGAGUAUGAGUAUGAGUAUGAGUAUGAGUUUGUGUUUGUGUUUGUCCGCAGCAACACAACAGAUUUGAGAAAACUUGUAUGUAGUAUACCCAUCAAUUGGCCGUGUAACAAUAACGGGUAUUUCAGAUUUGGCAUUGUCGUGUCACUUAUUAAUGAAAAAACUAAAAAUUGUCUAUAUAAACCCCCAUUUUCAUUUCAACCUCUUUUCUUGUCCAUUAUUCUCUCAACAGAAACCACAAACACCACCAAAAUACCUCAAAUCAACUCACUUAGCUUUUAUUCUACAAGAAACACAAUGAAGCCAACCACAAAGAUCACCUCCACAUCUGCAAUCAGCACUCAGACCACCCAGUCAUCAACACCCCUUAGCUUCGAGCUCUAUUACAGCUUCUGUCCAAAGUGCGGAGUAGAUGUCUCCCAGUUCUCACAUGAAGACUUUUGCCCAUGUAUUCGUCAGGGCAACAACAAGAGCUAA